UUUUUUCAUAAUUAGAAGUUUUUUUAUGCGUUUAACAAAUUGUUCACUCAUUAAUUCAACAAUUUAGGGAACUCUUACACAAAAAUACCAUUAUUAUACAUGUUUUACUUAUUUGCAUCGGAAUCGAUCUAAUUGGCUGAUAUCAUUGAACUGCAAUGCUUAAUGCAAGUUGGAACUCCAAUGAUCGGAUCAGAUACCGGAUUGCAAUGCAAUGCUGAUUUGCACCGCGGCCCGCGCUGAGCGCGUGCACCGUGGUCCGUGGCCGCCGGUGGCGUGGAAUGGAAUUUGGUUCGAGUGGCAUGAACAAAAUUUAGGUUAGUCUCUUCGUGUCUUAAGCGUUUUUCGAAAAGGCUGUCCUCACAGUGAACAGACAUCAUGAAGUUGAAUAAGUUGGUGAGUUCAUCAAGAAGGAAAAGCAGGAAGGCGCACUUUACAGCCCCUUCACACAUCAGAAGGCGGCUUAUGUCAGCUCCUCUCUCAAAGGAACUGAGAACCAAAUACAAUGUUCGAAGCAUCCCAAUUCGCAAGGAUGAUGAAGUAAUGGUCGUUCGUGGUCAUUACAAAGGACAACAAGUUGGAAAAGUUAUCCAAGUAUAUCGCAAAAAAUUUGUGAUCUAUAUUGAACGCAUUCAGAGAGAAAAGAGCAAUGGCUCCUCUGUUCAAGUUGGCAUUGACCCAUCAAAGGUUGUUAUUGUAAAGUUGAAGAUUGAUAAAGAUCGUAAAGCUAUCUUAGAAAGAAGAAGCAAAGGUCGACUUGCUGCUUUGGGUAAGGAUAAGGGCAAAUACAAAGAUGAUGCUGCUACCCCAAUGGAGUCUUAAUCUCUUGAAUAUGUUAUUACGAUUAAUUGAAUAAAAUUAUAGUUGUGAAUAAA